CUCUUAUUAAUGGCCUCUCUGGAAUACCUCCACAUCAGAAAAAAGUGGUCUAUCUCUGUCAGCUUUUGAUAAGAAUUGCAAAAGGACAAAAACUUGAAUGCCAUUUUGAAAAUGAUCCAAGAAUUUCACCUUUGGAAUCUGCUCUGUCUUUCUGGACUUUACUUGAAAAGGAAGAAGUUAAACUGGAAAAGCUUCAUGAAGAUAUUCAUCGCUUGAUUCAAAUUCAGAUUGUAGCAGUCUAUAUGGAAAAUGGAUAUUUCAAGGAGGCCACUGAAGUUCUUGAAAGGCUCUUCACAGACUCGGAAUCAGAUAAGCCUUUAAGGGUGAAGCUGACAACUGUAAUUAGAAGCAAGGAUCCAUAUGUUCCCCUUCUUCAAAGCUUCAGUUACAAUCUUCUGAUAAAUAAAAUCAAGUCUUAUGUUGAACUUUUCAUGAAAGAAAAUGAAACUAACUUCUUAAUACAGGCAGCCACAAAACACAUAGAGUCUAAAGGAUUUGGAGCAAUGGCAUUGCAAAACAAAAUGCCAAAUGCCUUGUUCAGGACAGAAGCAGAGAGUGAGAAGUGCUCUUCGCA